AUGGAUGAGAGACCGCCGAGGGUGCCGGUGACGACUGCCAGUGAAGCCACGACGACGCUGACCCCGGAAGAUAUGAUGCUCCGGAUUCAGGACAGCCUGGCCGGCCAGCUGGACAUCAGCCAGAUUUGGGCCCAAAUUCUGGCUGGCGCGCAGCAUCCACUUGCUCAACCAGUUCAGCACGCCUUGCCGCAAGCCCUGCAAUUGGGCUCCACCGGCCAAUCCGGCACCGUCCGGUCGUCCUCCCUCGAGACGAUGAGCCGCGACGAGCGCAUCGAGUACGAGGACCUCGAGCAGUUCGCGGCCCUCUUCAAGAAGCAGCGCAUCAAAUGCGGUUUCACCCAAGGCGACGUCGGCCAGGCCCUCGGCCGUCGCUACGGCACCGACUUCUCCCAGACGACCAUCUCGCGCUUCGAGGCGAUGAACCUGAGCUUCAAGAACAUGUGCAAGCUGCGUCCGCUGCUCAAGGAGUGGCUCACCGACACCGAGCAGGCCAUCGCCAACGGGGCUACCGUUUCUG